UUCCAACUCCUCAUUCCCCGCUACCGCCAUCCAGUCUUCACCAGACGACACCACUCCAAAAGCAGUCCAGCACGCCAAACAAUCACGACAUCCCCCUCAAUGGCCAACUCGACAAAUUCUCAAGCCGUCAUGGCCGAGCUCGGUGGGAACCAUCAGCAACACCACAAGCUCAACCACGACACACCUUACCAACCCCACCAUAGCGGGAAACAUUACAACGCCUCGACAUCAAAUACCACACCCACUGUCCAAGGAUCGAGCAGUGAAGAAGCUUCAAAUGGAGACGAAGAGGCAGACAGCAGUACAACUCAGGGCGACGAUCAAGAUGAAGACGAAGAAGAACCGGAAGUGUUCGCCCCGUCUCACGGUCGGGGCAAAGGCAAAGGCAAGGGUAAACGCCCCGCCAUCCGUGUAGAUCCUGUUGAGGACGAUGAAUCCGAAGCCGAGGAAAACGACACCGUACCAUCCGCCAUGGGACUUUUCCCCAGAAAGCACACUGGCAACCACUCACUCACAACUAACAAAAAACGUACCUUCAGCAAUGUCUCCAAUACAUCUUUGCUCUUUGGAGACGAUGAAUCCGAAAAAUCAUUUCCCCGCCGCAAGAUGGCUCGGAAGCUCAGCAACAGCAACAUCAAGCCACUGCUGCAGUAUAAAGAGAACGCCAGUCAAGCUGUCGAGAACUCUGAGACCGCUAUCGAGUCAGAUGACGAAGACUACAGCGGCGUUAAUCUUGUCCCGGAUGACGACGACUACGAACAAGAAGAAGAAAGCUUCAUCAUGCAGGAUGCAUUAGAUGACAAUAAUUUCAAUUCGUUCAUGGGCAGCUUGAACGAUGCACGCCGCUUGAGCCUCGAAAGCCAUGUUAGUGACAGCAUCUUCGAUAUGACUGCCCCGCUGAGUGGCGCCUACCUCGAGGACUUGAGCUUCACCCAUGAUCAUCCAGGGUUUGGGCAGUUUUUCGAACAGUCUGAAGCUUUGCCUCUCUCGCCUCCCUCGCCUGAUCCCAUUGCCAAGAGAAAAUACUCGGAUAGCUCUACCAAGCGUGUCCGCUUUGACGAUGAGGUUCAAAUGUCCGAUAGCUCUAGCGCUUCUUCUUCCGAGCUUGAUAGCUCUCUAUAUCCCGACCUGUUCUUGGAGCAAGACAAGCUCCCUCCCAGUCUCACCCAGCUUCUGGACAUCGACUACGAUGAGGAUAAUGCAGACUAUGAUUCUGCGGCUUCCGAUAAAUCCUUCUGGGAUUAUGGCCAGGACGAAACAAGGCACUCAGCUCCGAGCAGGCCUAAUCCUCUAAAAGCCAUCGAUGAUCUUGAAGAUGAUGAAUCAUCCGACCCGGGCUCGAGUGGCUAUGAAACCGACAUAGGUGAUACCACUGACGAGUACGAAUCCGACGCCGAAUCGUUGGCUAAUCCCCAAACACCGUUGCAAAAGAAGUCGGUUCUGCACCGGCCAUCAUCUGCACCGGCUUCAAGGAUCUCCAGCCCGAUACCCUUCGCACGUUCAUCUAGACCAUCAGGCAGGGCAAUACCACCCACUCGUGGUAUCUUCAUUCACGAUGACAGUAACAAGGCAAUUGCUGUGACGAACCGCAAAACCAAGGCUUUGACUUUUUAUCGCCCUCGCGUCUCCGGAAAUCCUUGGGUCACGUCUUUCGGACCCCAGAGCAGUUCUAACAGCACUACCAAUAGCCCUCGCAAUUCGGUGCAGCAAUACAAUAACGGUUCCGACAGCGAAGUGAGCAAUGAGGUUUUCAAUAACCCUUACACUACCGACAUCAUGCUCACUGGCAUCUUUGGAGGAGCACCUACCGAUGAAUAUUUCUUUGGUGCCGACAGUGUUGGACCACCGGAAGCUUUCUAUCCAUUUGUCGCCGUCGGCACGAACGGUGCUAUUGUGGAUGAGGAGGGAGAAUAUGACGAAGAGGAGGACUAUGAGGAUGAUCUGAACAUCACUGACUUUAUGGACUUUGGCGAUGACGCUGAUGACACCGAUGUAGAUCAGGAGGAUGAUGAGACGGAUGCUCCGGCCACUCCUGCUGCCUCAACCAUGGCCAUGAACGGAUCAACGCCUGCUCGCCCCACUCCCAUGAGCGAGACCCCCUCUAACAGGAAGAGAAACGCAUCCGAUGCCAUGCUACAACACUUUGAUCGCGGAGUCGUCACUGCCUUUCGAAACAACCAGACUCGUUACCGCGAUGUUGCAUGCCUUCCUUCCGACCCUAGCAUUCGCGCAUCCGUGUCUAAACCCAUCCGAUCUGGCAAAUCUGCCGAGCAACUCAUGACACCCCUUCGAAAACGAUCUGGACCGAAGCGCCCUGCCAAGUCACCUUUUCAGCCCAGCUCCCCCAUGGUACAUGCCAGUUCUCCUCUUAAUGGCGUUACUCGAGCUUCUUCCAGGCUCUCGGCCCUUACUUCCCAUCGUACCCCGAAAAUGGGUACAUUCUCUUGA